AUGCUACGCCGUUCUCUGCGUCUGGUGCAAUAUAAUGUACCGCUUGCGUACCCGUAUGGUCCUUCAAUGCCUGCGGGAAUGCCGUAUGAUGGCAGUGCAGGUUCUGGUUCUGGUGGCGGUAGUGGUGCAAGCAGCUACAACACGAACGCCAACUACAGCAAUGCCAAUACCAGUUAUUAUCUAAACAAUGCUGGUGGUGGUAGUGGUGGUGGCGGUGGUGGUGGUGGAGACUAUAAUCGUGGGCGGAUGUUGAUGAAUCGCCCUGGACGUGUAUAUUUAAAUCCUGCUGCAUUUGUGGAACAUGUUCCUCGCAAUACAAUAUUGAAUAUUGUGCCACAGGGACGUCAAUAUGUGGUGGAGCGCCUUGGUCGAUAUCAUCGCACACUUGAUCCUGGUUGGUGGUUUGUGGUGCCCUUCCUGGAUAAGAUCCGCUACUGCUACAGUGUGAAGGAGCAGGGUGUGGAGAUCCCAAACCAGUCGGCUAUCACAUCUGAUAAUGUGAUGGUGGAGAUUGACGGUGUACUCUUUCUACGCAUUGUGGAUGCCCGUAAGGCAAGUUACAAUAUUGAUAAUCCCGUAUACAAUCUACUCAAUCUGGCGCAGACCACCAUGCGAAGUGAGAUUGGUCGCCUCGACUUGGAUACCCUCUUCCGUGAGCGGGCCCAACUGAAUCGCAAUAUUGUGGAGGUCCUCCGCCGUGAGGCAAAUGAUUGGGGAAUUGAAUGUAAACGUUACGAAAUACGCGAUAUCGCCGUCAGUGAACUCGUGCGUCGUUCAAUGGAUUUGCAGGCAGACGCCGAGCGGCGAAAGCGACAACUCGUCCUGCAGUCUGAAGGUGAGGCGACUGCGGAAGUUAAUCGCGCCGAGGCUCUGCAGACCGCCCAGCGAUGUGCGGCGGAUGCGCAGAAAUACACACGGCAACGAAACGCCGAGGCGGAGGCGGUCGCCACCACAACUGUCGCAGGCGCCGUCGCCGAGAGUUUACGUACAGUCGCCGCAGCUCUCACAACAACACCAGGCAGCAACGAUGCCGUCGCCCUGCGAGUGGCAGAGAAAUACAUAUCCACAUUUGGUGAACUCGCACGAUCGACCAAUACCGUCGUGCUCGGGCAGAAUGUGGGUGACCCGGCAGCAUUCGCCACACAGGCACUCUCCGUUUUUAAUACCAUUAGCACUGCUACUACGAAUAGCACAAGCAGCAACAGCAACAACAAUGGCAGCAAUAAUCGCCUUAGCACAAACCCUAGCAAUAGUGGUAGUGUAAAUUCCUCUCGUACAGACAAUUAG